UAAUGGAUAAGGCACUGGCCUCCUAAGCCAGGGAUUGUGGGUUCGAGUCCCAUCUGGGGUGAAGAUUGAUUUUUCUUUCUGGAGAGUGUUUUCAGCGUGUCAGUGGCGUCUUUAUCAACUCUUAAACUCGCGUGCGUGGAGCGGGUUUCAUGGAUGUUGUUUAGUCACGAGGAAUCUCAUUCCUGACGGAUUUUACACUUUAAUUUCGGUUUCUGAACGGCCGCGACAUAAACAUGACAAACAACAACUUUUGUGUUUUUAUUCUCGCCUGUUGUGUUGCAGGAUCGGUGAGAGGCGACAAGCUGUUGAAGGCGUCGGCGUACUGGGACUCGACCCAUAAGACCGUUGUUCUGAAGCAAGGUGCUCUGGACCCGCAGAGCGACGCUUACGGUUACUAUAACGACACGCUCCUCUCCACGGGCUGGGGUGUGCUGGAGAUCCGGGCCGGAUAUGGACAGACGCCAGAAAAGGACGAGGUCACCAUGUUUAUGGCGGGAUAUCUGGAGGGCUUCCUCACUGCGCCAGAGAUUUUUGAUCAUUACGACAACAUGUACCCGCAGCUGAUCGCAAACCCUAAAACGCUGGUGGCAGUGAAGCGCUUCAUGGCUAAGCAGGACAUGUGGACUCGUCGUAUGGUGAAGCGGAACGGUUCUGAUCCGCUCUGGAUUCACACCGGACUGAUUCUGGCGCAGCUGGACGGACUUCAGGCCGGAGUGGCCGAAUGGGCCAAACAACAGGGGAAGAAGCCUCUGUCACAGUUUGCCGUUCAGUUUCUGAAUGCUGUUGGCGAUCUGUUGGAUCUGAUUCCAGCACUGGUGCCCAGGCCGAGAUCCAGCUUGAGUCAAUAUGAAGCUCCACCUAUGGGCCACUGCUCUGCGCUUAUAAAGAUGUUGCCCGGUUUUGAGAAUCUGUUGUUCGCUCACUCCAGCUGGUACACGUACGCCGCUACAAUGCGCAUCUACAAACACUGGGACUUUAAACUGAUCGACCCGCACACGGCCACUGGAAAAGUGUCCUUCAGCAGCUACCCUGGGUUUCUGGUGUCUCUGGAUGAUUUCUAUCUUCUGGGCAGCGGUCUGAUGAUGACUCAAACCACUAAUAACGUCUUCAACACGUCACUUUACUCUCUCAUCACUCCUGCCAGUCUGUUCGCAUGGCAGCGGGUUCGACUGGCAAACGUGCUGGCAGACACCGGAGAUCAGUGGGCGAAGAUCUUCUCUCAAUACAACUCCGGCACGUAUAAUAACCAGUAUAUGGUUGUGGACGUCAGUAAAGUGAGUCUGGGCAGCAGUCUGGAUGAUGGGGCGCUCACUGUAGUGGAACAGAUCCCAGGACUGGUGGAGUAUUCGGAUCAAACACAGACGCUGAGGAGAGGUUACUGGCCGUCCUAUAACGUGCCGUUUCACCGCAAGAUUUACUCUCGGAGCGGAUACGAGAAGAUGUGGAAAGCGUACGGCGAUGAUUUCUCCUAUGACCUUUGCCCCCGCGCCAAGAUCUUCCGUCGAGAUCAGUCGUCCGUGAGCAACCUGACCUCCCUCAAGCACAUCAUGAGAUACAACGAUUAUAAGAAUGAUCCAUAUUCGAAGGGUGACCCCUGUAAAUCCAUCUGUUGCCGUAACGACCUGCGUGAGGAGCACGCCAGUCCUGGAGGAUGUUACGACACUAAGGUGACGGAUCUUCACAUGGCUCAGGGGUUCGUAGCGGAGGCCUUGAACGGUCCGACCACAGAGGGGGGACUUCCCAUGUUCUCCUGGGAGAAGUUUAACAGCACGUCUCAUCAGGGUCUUCCUCGACUGUAUAACUUCAGCUUCAUCAGUAUGCAGCCGCAGCUGUUCAUCCCAUGAUGCUCCACCAGAGGGAGACAGUGAGCGGAGAACACGGAUCUCAUUUCCUCUUUCAUUUUCUGUCCAAUAUCCACUUCAGUCUGCCGCCGGAGUCCAUCUGAACUCUUCAAUCUGUCCCGGAGCCAUUACACCUGCUCCAAAGUCUGUUCUGGUCUCUUCUGCUUGAUAAUGCUCAGUAGAUUCAUUCAGUCAUGUUCAAUCCAGUCGGUGUUAAUGAACAAGAGCCGAUGAUCAAGCCCUCCUCACUUAUUCUCCAGAUGUAAUCAUGCAGAAACUGAUUCUGUGAAAUAUUUCUCACAACACAAUCAAGCACAAGUUGCUCUGAAUGAAUGUUGCUUUAAUGGUCCUUCUGUGAGUCUCAGGGAACGAGGAUGAAAAUGACUCUUUCUGUCUGUCCGUACUCGAGCCUUUGCUCUUUAUUUACUCAUGAUCAUGCUCUUGUUUGUUGAUGCACGCUGCUUGUGAUCAUCUGUUAGUGUUGACCAAUAAAACGAGCAAGAUGUCCUGUUGAUCUUCUGGUCUUUAUUUGAU